GAUCUUAUUGGCGGACUGAAAGGUCACAACGUAACAAUGGAUAACUUUUUCUCAUCUUAUGAACUUGGGCAGAAAUUGCUAUCAAAAGGUCUCACAAUGGUUGGUACGAUGCGAAAAAAUAAAAGAAGCAUUCCACCAAAGCUCCUUGAAUGUAAAAAAGUUCCUUUGUACCAGUCAACUUUUGCAUUCACGAAAGACACAACACUCGUUUCAUAUGUCGGACGAAAAAACAAGUGCACGAUUUUGCAAAGCACAAUGCAUAGUUCAAAUGAUGUAGGAUCCGGCGACAAAAAAUUGCCCGAAAUUAUAGAAUACUACAACAAAACUAAAGGUGGUGUGGAUACGGUUGACAAGAUGCUUUCGUGUUACAGCUGUAAGCGCAAAACAAAUCGUUGGCCUAUGGUCGUGUUUUCGAAUAUAAUCGAUAUUUCAGCCUUGAACGCAUUUGUCAUUUUCAAAGAAGUGUCACCGAAUUGGCAAACAACACAGAAAACUACAUUACGACGCAAUUUUCUACGGGAACUUGGAUAUUCUCUUGCGCAGCCAUACAUGGAUAUGAGAAAAGGUGUGCCACGAUCUGAAUCAUCAGCAUCGCUUCUUUCAGCGAGCCGAGAAUCCCUACAAUGGCGUGAAAGUUCACCAGCUAUUCAGUCUUCGUCUUCCUCCAUUUCUCGUGAGUCUUCGAUGUCACGUGAAGGUUCACCAACUUUGCUACCAUCUACAUCAUUCGAAAUUCCUCGUAAAAGAGCAAAAAGUGUUCCAUCGGUGUCGAAAGGCAGAUCAAGAUGUCACAUGUGCUAUACUGAGAAAUCCGCCAAUAGAAAUAAUAUGCAUGAAACUAUCUGUUGUUUUUGUACUAAAGGUGUUUGCAAAAGCACCCAUAAUCGAAAUGUGUGCGUGAAAUGUAUUGUAGAACGCCUACUUUAAAAACAAAUCACUUUUAAUGUAAUGAUUUUUGAAAAAAAUCAAGUAAAAUCAAAAAUAUCUUCAAAAAAUCUGUCAAAAUAUGUGUUUUCCAUACAAAUUCCAUAUGCGUAGAAAUCCACGCACAAGGGUAAAAUUUGUAAUUUUUUUUG